UAGCCAAGGAGGAGGAGCCAAGCCGUACAAAGUACAUCAACUCUGCUAUUUAGCUGGCAAGCAUAUCCAUUUUUUCACGCAUUUGUGGUUUAACGUUUUGCCUUCACGAUGACUGAUUACAGAGGGAAAGCAACCGAUCAAAUGAAGCUAUGGAAAGAGGGCCGAAGCACUCAGAGGCCAGACACCCUGACCACAGGGGCUGGUCACCCGGUAGGGGACAAGCUGAAUAUAAUGACCACAGGUCCCCAGGGGCCCCUCCUGGUGCAGGACACCCCAUUCAUAGAUGAGAUGUCACACUUCGACCGUGAGCGCAUCCCAGAGAGGGUGGUGCACGCCAAGGGAGGCGGAGCGUUCGGGUACUUUGAGGUGACACAUGACAUCUCUCGCUACUGCAAGGCCAAGGUGUUUGAGCAUGUGGGAAAGACCACACCUAUCGCCAUCCGCUUCUCCACCGUGGCUGGGGAAUCGGGCUCAGCCGACACAGUGAGAGACCCACGUGGCUUUGCAGUCAAGUUCUACACUGACGAGGGCAACUGGGACCUUACUGGCAACAACACCCCCAUAUUCUUUAUCAGGGAUGCUAUGCUGUUUCCAUCCUUUAUCCACUCUCAGAAGCGCAACCCCCAGACUCACCUAAAGGACCCAGACAUGGUGUGGGACUUCUGGAGCCUGCGUCCUGAGUGUAUGCAUCAGGUGUCCUUCCUGUUCAGUGACCGUGGUCUGCCUGACGGCUUCCGCCACAUGAACGGCUACGGCUCCCACACCUUCAAGCUGGUCAACGCCGAGGGUCAGCCUGUCUACUGCAAGUUCCAUUACAAGACAGACCAGGGCAUCAAGAACAUGAAACCUGAGGAUGCCGAGCACCUGGCUUCCACCGACCCGGACUAUGCCAUUCGAGACCUUUACACCUCCAUCGCCAACGGCAACUUCCCCUCCUGGUCCUUUUACAUCCAGGUCAUGACCUUUGAGCAGGCAGAGAAGUUCCAGUGGAACCCCUUUGACCUGACCAAGGUGUGGUCUCACGAGGAGUACCCCCUCAUUCCUGUGGGGAGGUUGGUGCUCAACAGAAACCCUGCCAACUACUUUGCUGAGAUCGAGCAGCUAGCCUUUGACCCCAGCAACAUGCCCCCAGGCAUCGAGCCCAGCCCUGACAAGAUGCUGCAGGGGCGUCUGUUCUCCUACCCAGACACACACCGGCACCGGCUGGGCGCCAACUACCUGCAGCUGCCCGUCAACUGCCCCUUCAGGACCCGUGUGGCCAAUUACCAGCGAGACGGGCCCAUGUGCAUGUUGGACAACCAGGCUGGCGCUCCCAACUACUUCCCCAACAGCUUCAGUGCUCCAGAGACCCAACCCCAGCACGUGGAGACCAGGUUUAAGGUGUCCCCAGAUGUGGGCCGCUACAACAGUACUGACGACGAUAACGUCACACAGGUGCGUACCUUCUUCACUAAGGUGCUGAACGAGGAGGAGCGCCAGAGGCUUUGUCAGAAUAUGGCUGGUGCCCUGAAGGGAGCCCAAGUCUUCAUCCAGAAACGCUGGGUUCAGAACCUGAUGUCUGUGCAUGCAGACUAUGGAAAUGGGGUCCAGGCCCUACUCAACAAUGCUGAGCCCAAGAAGGACGCUGUGAGAGUGUAUACCCGUGGAGGUGCAGCUGCCAUCACUGCCUCCUCCAAGAUGUGAUGCCUUAACUUCCACCUGGGGGGCAGUUCCACCUUUUGCGCUUACCAGCCUGCUAUCCAAGAUCCUACUUCUAACCGUCCGUGAAUGCGAUAGCUAAUGAAAUGGGAAAUUAUAAUAUUUUAAUAUUCCUCAGGCUGCUUACAUUGUUCUAACGUGUUUCCUGUCCAUUUUGCCAAAGUUCACACAGAAAUGUAUGUAGUCAGACUGCAGCCCUAUGGGAGAAGAUCUGUCCCCAAACUACAUCUGUCAAAUAUACAGGUCUGCUGUCUGAAAUGUUCAUGACAUCUUCAGUAUAGUGAUCCAUCUCUUCCCAAUUAUGUAUCGUUUGUGUGUCCAUGUUUCAUCGAAGCCCUGAACUUAAGUUCUCUUCAAAAGGGUCCCUGUGUUAAGGCCUACACACCAUUUUCCUUGUUUAUAUUAGAAAUAGUUGCCGGCCAUCGAUCGGUGAGAGUGACUGUGAUUGAGUCAUGAAAGAAUGUUUAAGUCAUCGUCCUCGCAGCCAAACCAACACAGCAGUGCCUUUUUGGUUAGAAACGUAUCCAUAGUCACCAUGGCAUUAUAAAGGGUUUGCAAUGACUUUUAUGAAUAAUCUCAUGUACCAAAUGUCUUCUGUAUAUUAGUGUUUUUUGUGUACAUACUCUGAAUCACUAAAGGGUCUGGGUUGAAUUAGGGCUGGGGAAACAAGAACCACUACUGUUUACUGAGGAGAAAUCGUAGUCCUUAUCCCUUCUCACAAAUCUCCCUACACGUUUUCUACGUUCCAGCUGAGCCCUGGGCUGUUAGUGUUUCUGUGCUAGGUAGCAUUCCCCAUCAUAUCGCCUGUCUGAAGUGAGUUGUUAUAUUUGUGAACUUUGAACCACAAAAUAAGAUGCAUUAUUGAGUGCUUGAUCUUUCAAUUUAUGCUAAUAUAUCCAACGGCAAUGCUAUAUGUGUGGUUUUAGUGUGUCUGGUUUAAAGUAGUCCUAUCUUAACUUCAGGGUAUGCACACUUUUUAGUUCUAACGCAGGACUCCAGCUGAUUCUACUCAUCGAGCCUUUAGUUUGUUGGCAGAGGAGUGUUUCUACUGGGCUGGAACAAAGGAAACAGCGUUGAAUAACCAUAGUCCUUUGUAAAAUACAUUGAGGAUUUUCACGA